ACACCUGCAGAGGUCGCUUUCUGAAAUUAGGUUGUUACGCCCUGCAGACCUACCUGAGACAAGACUCCCGCCCUAGUCUGGACCACAGGGUCAUAAUAGCACCCAUUUUAAAAGGGUGUGAGGAUAAAUGAGAAAUGCCCAUACUGAAUGUUUAGUAAAGAGUUGACAAUACAGUAUGCUUGUAUGCUGUACAGACUAGAAAAAGUAAGUGGGGACGAGUCUAAACAUGAAGCCAUUUCUGACCAUCUGCAGGCGUCUUAGAAGUUUAAACAGAUUUUCUGUAAAAUCAAGCCCUCUUGCGAGUUUCUCCACUUCCCUUUAUUUGUGUGGCCAGAAGAAAAAAAGCUCUUACGAAGCAGUAGACCAAGCAAAGUACUCUCGAUUAGUGCAGUCUGUGUUAUCCAGAGGCCCGGUCCAGACCCCAGAGUCAUUGUUCCAGGAAGAUGAUAUACUCUAUGGUCCUGUGAGCAAGCAGAAGGCCCUGGAGCGGGAGCAGCGGGCAAGAGUCCCACAGAACUGGUUUCCUAUCUUCAAUGAGGAGAGAAAUGUGAAACCACACUCAAGUGCUUCUUCAGGCCCUUUGAAGAUCCCUUUGCAAAGAAAUGUGACACCCAGUGUGACCCGCAUCCUUCAGCAGACCAUGACACCAGAACAGAGUUUCUUUUUGGAGAGGUGGAAACAACGGAUGGUUCGGGAGCUGGGAGAAGAUGGAUUUGCAGAAUAUACUAAAAAUAUCUUUUUUCAAGGCAAACAGUUUCAUGAAGCUUUGGAAAGCAUACUGUCACCCCAAGAGAACUUAAAAGGGACAGAAGAGCACCUCCAAUGUGGCUAUAUCAAAAGUGUCCAGCAUAUUUUGAAAGAAAUCAGUGGUGUACAAGCUCUGGAAAGUGCUGUCCAGCAUGAGGCCUUGAAGUACGUAGGACUGCUGGACUGUGUGGCUGAAUACCAUGGCAAGCUGUGUGUGAUUGAUUGGAAGACAUCGGAAAAACCAAAGCCUUUUAUUCGAGAUACAUACGACAACCCACUACAAGUUGUGGCGUACAUGGGUGCUGUAAACCAUGAUACCCACUACAGUUUUCAGGUUCAGUGUGGCUUAAUUGUGGUGGCCUAUAAAGAUGGGUCUCCUGCCCACCCUCAUUUCAUGGACGAAGAACUCUGUUCCAAGUAUUGGACCAAGUGGCUUCUUCGACUAGAAGAAUAUACGGAAAAACAAAAAAAUCAGAGUAUUCCAAAGCCAGACUAGAGGCCAGGAUAUUACUUGGGAAGGUUCAGCAAGUCUUGAGAGUUAUGUUAACAAGCUGAAGAUGUAAUGUAUUGCUACUGAGAAGCCCAGGAGUCCAGAAGUCAGCAGUGGACCAGCUGUACUACCUCUGUUACCUACCUGCCAACAGGACACACAGGAUUGGCAGUCAUGUUGGCAAAUUCUGAACUCUCUUGCAAAUCUUUUUUUGUGUCCCUGGCAGGAUGCCCGGUCUUUGAACUGAGAUCAGAAGGCAGUGAAACUUCCUGUGCCAAGCAUUCCUGUGCCAAGCUUGUCCCUAGGGUUCUCAGGGAGAGGAGCGGUCACACACUACCUGGGUGUAUAGAGGGAGAGCACAUCAGCCACCACCACUGUAAUAGAUUCCUAAAAGGUGCUUUAUACAGUAGAGAAACUUCUUCUUAACGUUGAAUCCAUUCUUGUGUGAGUAUUCAGCUCAGAGUAAACCUGGCUAACUAGAAAGCUGGAACACCCACCACAUCAUUGGCCGGAUCCUUUUCCAUACCAGCUAAGCCCCAGCAGAAGUCACCAUUGUUAGGGUUUUAGUAUCUGUUUUUGGUGUCAGUCAGCAGGCUACGUACUAGAAAGAAAAAUACUGUCAUGGGAUUUUUCAAUUAAGAGUACUGUGAUCCUUUUUUUUUUAAUCUGUAUUUGAAAUGUAAUCAUUGGUUGUCUUUGGAUUUGGGAAAGUUAAAUAAAUGUCAUUAUUUCCUUGG